CUCGGCCCGCGGUGCCAGCCUCUGGCCGCGGAGAGAGAGCAGGGAGCGAGAAGGGGCGGAGCCGACGGUGGGCGCGGCAGCGGCGGGACUCGAGCGCGGCCGGACGCCCAGCCUCCCUCCCUCCCUCCCUCCCUCUCCGGGAGGCCCGCUUGGGAGAGCUGCUGCUUGAAAUUGAUCCUCGAAGGAGUUUCCUGGAGAGACAGCAGGAUCUAACCAAAAUUGGUUCAGCCAGUGCAUGAUUCGCCCAUGGAAACGAGUGAGUUUAUUCGAGUCUUUUUAUAGUGGCUAAGCAAAUUGAGGUUGGAGAGGAUGGGUGACUUGCCCAGUUAUACAGCUAGUUUGUGGUAGAGACAAGACUGGAACUGAGAUCUCCUGCUUUUUAUCUCAUCAUGUGUAGAGACCAGAAGUGAGUGGAAUGCAAUCUUAAGCCAAAAAUCUGUCACAGCCUUUAUUAAAUACUACUUAAAGGAAGAAAUAUUUUAAAAAACCACAAAAUUGCACUGAUAAUUACCCCAUUCAGACAUUGGUGAAUAUGUCCCUCAAUCCAAGUCAACCUUCCUCAUCAGAGUUGGUGGAACUUCAUGUUUUUUAUGUCCCUGAAGGAUCGUGGAACUAUAAAUUAAAUACCAUUUCAAUAGAAGUUGCUAACGAAUUCAUUUCAGCUGGAUUUAUAAGAGUAUCUCCUCACCUUACUUUACAAGCCUUGAGGGAGCGUCUUGGUGAGUUCCUUGGUGAAGAUGCUGUUGCAGAAAAAUUUUUAUUUCUGAAAUGCAUUGGAAAUAAUCUAGCUGUGGUGAAGACAAAGCAAGAAUCAGAACUGAAACUCAAAUCAUUUGCUCCUCCAUAUGCUCUUCAACCAGAAUUAUAUUUGCUUCCUAUAAUGGAUCAUUUAGGAAAUACUUAUUCAGUGUCAACUGUUUCUGUAGAAGGGCUGCAGACUAAUAAUGGUGUUGCUGAGGCUGAUGAAAUAAUCCACAAACCAGUUAGUGUAACUUUGUCAAAGGAAGAACCUGGAACAGAUCCCAGUUUUUUAGAAAACACUUUGAAAGAGCUCCUUAACAAGAAUCCAGAAGAAGCUUGGGGAAAAGCCACUCCAAAAGAAAGCCAGACUGGAAAAAAUCAAACUGGAAAUUCUGAAUUGCCAGGAUCAUUGGAAGAUUCAGACAAUGAUUAUUUUAGCAGCAGAGAAAGUCAGUUGUUUCAGAAAAAUGAAGAUGAUAGAGGUAAUAUCAUUAGAAGAGAGGACAAUCAGAUAGGUAAAAAAGAGUGUGUCACCCUACCAGAUCUUAUUGAUUUUCCUUCACUUCCUGCUCUUUCUCCAGGAAUAACUAUCUCCUUAUUACAGAUUGAGAGAGAGAAGAUUAUUGAACAAAUGAAACAAGUAAAAGAAGAAAGAAGGUAUCUGGAAAGAAUUAGAGAAGAACUAGUAAAAAAAGUUGAAAAGCUAUUUGAACAAAGCAGAUUGAAGAGGUAUCAAGCCUCUGAUGGUUGGAAGAAAAAGUACUUUGAAACAAAGAAAGUUACAGCAUCAUUGGAAGAAGUUUUAACAAAACUUAGAGAAGAUCUGGAACUGUAUUAUAAAAAAUUGCUCAUGCAACUUGAAGCCAGGGAGAUCAAGAUGAGACCAAAGAAUCUGGCAAACAUCACAGACUCUAAGAAUUACCUUAUAAUCCAGAUCACUGAGGUACAGCAUGCAAUUGACCAACUUAAGAGAAAAUUGGAUACUGACAAAAUGAAGCUCAUAAUAGAUGUUAAGAUGAGAAAACAAGCAGUUUCAGAUUUACGCACAUUGAAAGCUGAACUAGCACAGAAGAAAAUAAUACAUCUUUACAAUCUCAAUUAG